GUCAGAGACUACACUCUCUGACCACCGGACACAUACAAGGAGUUUGAGCAUCAGAGGUGCGCUGAUACCUUUAGGAAAAGAAAUAUACCUGAAGUGGCUGUAGAAUGGCUAAGUUAUACAAGAAAACCUCUGGGAAUGGCACACUCACCCUUUACCUGGGAAAGAGAGACUAUGUCGACCAUGUUCAGAAUGUGGACCCUAUCGAGGGAGUGGUGAAACUUGAUCCUGCAGGCCUUGCAGGCAGGAAAGUGUUUGUGAAGCUGGCGUGUGCCUUCCAUUACGGCCGUGAGGACCUGGAUGUCAUUGGACUGUCCUUUAGGAAAGACAUCUGGGUCAAGCACAUCCAGUUGUACCCUGAUGCUGGCCACAAACCCAACCUCACUCCCAUGCACGUUUGCCUGCUCAAGAAGGCAGGAGAGCAAGGCCGUGCCUUCACUUUCGAUAUUGCCACAAACCUUCCCUGCUCUGUCACACUCCAGCCAGGACCAGAUAAUGCUGGAAAGGCUUGCGGUGUGGACUUUGAAGUCAAGACGUACAUUGCAACUGAGGCAGACCCCGAAGAGAAACUUGAUAGGAAGGACACUGCUCGCAUGGCCAUCCGUAAGAUCCAGUUUGCCCCAGACGCGACUGGUGCUCCUGGGCCCAGGGCCGACAUCUGCAAGAGCUUCAUGAUGUCGGACAAGCCUGUCCACCUACAGGCCUCGCUGGAAAAGGAGAUCUACUAUCAUGGAGAUCCGAUCGACGUCAACAUCAAAGUCAAAAAUGAAACCUCCAGAACAGUGACAAAAAUCAAAAUCAUAGUUGAGCAGACUACAGACGUGGUUCUCUACUCCGCAGACAAAUACACCAAAACCGUACUUUCUCAAGACUUUGGAGAGACAAUAGAUGCCAAUAGCACAUUCGAUAAAUCCCUUGCCAUCACCCCCCUACUGGCCGAAAACAAGAAGAAGCGUGGCCUGGCGCUGGAAGGCAGACUGAAGGACGAGGACACGAACCUGGCCUCCAACACUAUUAUUAGAGCCGGUAUGGAUAAGGAAGUGUUGGGAAUCUUGGUCUCCUACAAAAUCAAGGUCAACUUGAUGGUGUCUUCAGGAGGCUUGUUGGGAGGUCUCACAGCUAGUGACAUACAGGUGGAGCUCCCGCUGAUUCUCAUGCAUCCCAAACCCCAAGGUAAACGAAUAGUAUGACCUAAUAAAUAAUACGAUUUGCCAUGUCUAAUAAACUCUGUCAAAGUAGAGCUGAUGGGCUGAGGGUGCAAUGUCUCUCUCUCUCUCUACUCAUUCAGAGUUGCUGCUAAUGUAACCAUUCUACUCUUUUCCCUUCUACCAUAAUGAACCCUAUUACCCGAACAGAAGUGUGAGCAUAAAAUUAUAGAAUACAACGAACAAGCAUGUAUUAGUAGCAUACACCACAGUAUUCAGCUUAAGUGUUGUUUUUUUGAAUUGCCUUAUGAGUUUGUGUUGUUCUCAUGUUUCCCCCCACCCAGAGUAAAAACCUCUAAGGGUGAAGGUGAUCUUCUAUCUGACAGUCUUAUAGACCCUACUGUACAGUAGACAUACCUUUGAUGUGAAGUGCCUGUUGUUCAUUGUUGAGCUGUUGAACUCUGGUCUUUAUAGAGGCCAAGCUUUGCCCUGGAUAGAAUUAGCGGGUUGUAUUUCAAUGAAGUAAAAAAAAAAAAUUUUAAACUGUAGAUUACUCAGGUGAUCCUGUGACUAAAUCAAAUCAUUGUAAUCGUGGCAUUACUUCAGGACCAGAGUUCACUGCCUCAGCUCACAUGUCAUUCACUGUAGUCAUCUGUGACAGCGAUAUUGAUUGUAUAUGUUUUGUGAAUCCCCAGAAGGAAGUUACCCUUGAGGUUGAGUAAAUUCCCUCAGCAGUAGAGAAAAGAAAGAAGGACUGCAAAGACGAAUGGAGCAACACCGUUGACAGCUGCUCAGAUUGAGACUGACAAACAAACCAAAGAAGAAACAGGAAUACCUCAUAAGAAGAACCAUCCAUCAAAAACACACGAUAUUGAUUUAUUUGACUAUUACAGACAUGUCUUCAGUUGUGGUUUUGUGAGCUUGUACUGUAUGUUGAUAUCCAGCCAUGCAUCUGAAUCAUAUCGCUUUACCAUUCACUUAGUACUUUUCACAUAAAUCCAUGGGGGGGGGGGAGUCAACGAUCACAUCCAACCAGUGGCGACGCGUCAUUCAGGGCAGCUGAGACCGUUUUGAACCAGUUUUUUUUUUGUUAGCCUGUUUUGCAUGUUAUUUUGGCAUUCAUACGUGUCACAUAUCAGUUUGCAAAUAAUGUAAAACAUGGUCUUUUUUUUGCUUUCUUGAGCAAGGCAGCUCCAAUAUGCAGGUGUUUCAGCCUAGCUCAGUACUUUUUAUGGUGGUGGGGCAGCCAGCGGAAAAUAUGGAGCGUAGGAUUUGUUCUCUAGUUGCGCCGGGAUUGCCUCAGUGUUCUGUCACUCAUGGGGACACUAUGUCACUGAAAAAUCUACGGGUGGAGCUUGAAAUUUCAAUCCCCUUGAGUGCUGCCAUAGACUUAUAUUAGAAGUUCCCAUCCAAGAAGGCUCAAGGUCAUUAGCCACAGAUAAAAUGACGUUAAAUCACGUUAUAUCUACCGUAGCUUUGAUUGGACUGAUCAUGUGAACAUCAUACUUUCAAAAUCUUAGCUAGCAAGCUAGACAAGCAGUCAUCAUCAUGCAUCAAGUCGGUAAUCUACUGCCAAAUCCUUUUCAAUCAUUGAAGAGAAAUUACAGAUAAAACGUAUCGGUGCUCAUCGGCUAUUGGACAUUACACAACAAGUUGGAAAUCGCAAAUUCAACAAUGAGUGCUCACUGCAGCCCCGGGUUCGAUCCCAGGUUGUGUCACAGCCGGCUGUGCCCGGGAGACCCAUAAGGCGGCACACAAUUGGCCCAGCGUCAUCCGGGUUAGGGGAGGGUUUGGUCGGCAGCAAUGUCCUUGUCUCAUCGUGCUGUAGCAACUCCUUGUGGUGGGCCGGGUGCCUGCAAGCUGACUUCGGUCAUCAGUUUGACAGUGUUUCCUCCGACACAUUGGUGCGGCUUGCUUCCGAGUUAAGUGAGCAGUGUUUCAAGAAGCAUUGCGGCUUGGCUCUCAACCUUCGCCAAGUCCAUAGGGGAGUUACAGAGAUGAGACAAGAUCGUAACUACCAAUUGGAUAUCAUGGAAAAAGGGGGAAAUGUCAGACUUCAGUGAGUUCAAGACGACUGGGAACCCAGAUAAAACCAGCUCUGACUGGGAAAUACAGAAAAUAAGUUUGAAUGGUCAUCCAACUCGGAAUUCCAAGUCGGAAUUUCGGGCCUCUUUCUAGAGCCCACUAGAAAGACUGCCGCGCCACCUUCCUGUUCAAGUGAGCGCAGCACAACAAGGUGAGUCCAAAAAUGUAUUUUAUGCUGCUGCAUAAAUUAUGUAAUAAGCCAGGGAGAUAUGUAUACUGUAGCCAAGAAAGUAAUAUUAAGUGUACAGUAUGUUGUGUAGUAAGCUGGUAGUUUCCCAUGUGCCUCACCCUAAAAAUGUGGUCCCUUUCCUCCUUCAUAACUUAGUCUACUGUUAUGACUUGAUGGUGCACAUGUAGCCUAUAGCCUGUUUUAGAGAAAUGUCAUCAUCAAAUAUUGUAAGAGCUUUCAUUGUCUGCUUUAUAUGCCCCCUUUAUUUAUCCUACGGUUCUGACUUGGUGUACAGGGAGAAUACUGUAAGAAUUAUGUCACUGUACAUUUGCUAAACAAAUAGUUACAUUGUUUUUUGAAAAGGCAGUAAAUGAGGCUGAAUUACCUGUUUUGUUGCCAGACAAACCUCCACUGAUAGCCAGGUGUAACUGUGGUAAGGAUUCACUCCAUAGUGCUGAUAAGAAAGCUUUGCUUUAUGCAGUCCAUAAAAGUUUGUGGGCACCAUUUGUCACCGAUAUAGUGCAAUGAAUGUAUUGUUCAGUGUUGUGUAGUGGCUUUGCUUGCAUGCAUAAUGAUAUAUAUAUUUUUGGGCCCCAACAAGAUUGACAUGCUAAAAUUGCCACUGCAUCUAACAUACAGGGGGGUUUAUUGGUUUGUCAAUAAAAUCCAACUCAUACACUACUCCAACCGACACGGUGUCCGGUAGUUUAUCAUGUUCAAAGAAUUGUGUUUUUCUGUAAGAUGUAUGUUUUUGGCUGAUAAGUAAUUGAACCAAAUAAAAACACCACAU